UUGAGGGAACUUUCCCAUUUCUCAAAAAACCUCUCAAUCGCUACUUACUACAUCUAUUGAGAUAUAACUUACAUAUUGACUUUAUGUACAGCUCUUAUGGUCUAAAGUGUCCUGUUUUGGUCUGAUAAUCUUAUAAGAGAGUUCAGCCCACCCAUCUCAGUUGCGGAAAUACAGCAAGUGCGUAACAAAACUAAGCAGGAAACGUUUUUGUCGGAUCGUUCGUGAGUGUGUUCUUGAAUAAACGACACUAACCCACCCAUCAAGGCGAUGGCAAGCGCACCCCCACUAGAGACAUCAACAUUUGUGGGACACCCGCCUCCUCCAUCGUAUGAGGAGGCAUUGGUAGCAAACCCACAGUACCCACCAAUGCCCUAUGCUCCAGCUCCAGAUAUGAAGACAUCUGUACCUCCUUAUCCAACACAACUGUACAGCCCGAUGUAUCCACCACCACCCCAACAAGGUCAAUCUGCCACCUGUCCUGUUGUUUCUGUUCAGACCGUGUAUGUUCAGCCUGGUCUGACGUUUGGAAGUGUUCCAGUGCAGGCACAUUGCCCAGUAUGCACACAGAACGUGAUAACUCGCCUGGAGUAUACAUCAGGAGCACUAGCUUGGCUCUCUUGUGCAGGCCUGGCCAUUUUUGGAUGUAUCUAUGGCUGCUGCCUGAUUCCCUUCUGUGUGGACAGCCUGAAGGAUGUGACACACCACUGUCCGAACUGCAGCAGCGUUUUAGGAGUCCACAAGAGAAUGUGAAGCCGCUGCAGAACAUGUGAAUGAGUUGUGUAGCAUACCGACUAUGUAUUUAUAAUGGGAAAAAGUUGCAUUGAAUUCAUUCUUUAGCCAGAGUUAAUUCACUAUCUGUGCCACACUGACAUGUAUUCGUACACACACACACACACACACACACAUAUAUAUAUAUACCUUAACAUACUUGUCUUUUCAUUGUAAACUGUGAUUUAACUUAGUAUAAGUUUAAUCUUUUUUUUAAAUCUCUGUAACAUUUAUGCAUAAUUACAGUUCAAAAGUUCUUCUUUCUGUAAUCAAAUUGAUGUAGAAAAUUAUUAUAUAAAUAUAUAUAUGCUUUCGCA